UACACACACACACCUACUCAUAAUGGUGUUGAAAUAGACUUGUUGUUGUCCAUUUCAUUUUCAGUAGUAAUUUUUUCUUUUCCAAUUUCGAGCUUGUUAAAAAACGAUAUUAUCAUCAUCAUCAUCGUUAGCAUCGAUAUGAAAUCAUCGCCAUCAAGUCGCCAAAAGAAAAAAUAUUUAUUUAUUGUAUCAACAUUUGUUUAUUUAAAACCAUUGAUCAGGUCGUGUGUCGACGAUAAUGAUUAUGAUGAUGAUUAUGAUGAUCAUCAUCAUCUUGAUGAUGAAAUUUAUCCAAACGAAACGAAAAAACAAGAUUUACGACACCCGGGUUUUUGGCCAAAUUUCUUUUCUGUCGAUGAUGAUGUUACCUUUUUUUUCGAUGAUGAUGAUGAUGAUCAAAUAGUCAUUAUCAUCUACCACAAUAUGGUAACAAAACACAACAAUAUCAUGGCCUAUUAUCAUCAUCUUCAACAUGGCCAUGUUACACACACACCAUGAUUAUCAUUAUCAUCAUCAACAUUGAAUUGAAUUGAAUGAAUGAAAAUUCAUGAAAAC